CAGAGGCGGGAAGGUUCAACAUGGCUGCCAGCUUGUUAUGUCGAAACUCCAAAUUUUCUGCAUAUUUGGGCAAAUGUCAUCGUUCCAUCUUUAAAAUAUGCCGUAGUUUUUCAACUAGCGAGGAUGUUGUUAUAGUAAGUGCAGCAAGAACUCCCAUUGGCUCUUUCAGAAGUUCACUGUCAUCUGUUCCAGUGUCAAAACUUGGAUCUGUUGCCAUUCAAGCAGCUGUUGAACGAGCAGGUGUUUCCACUGAUGAUGUUCAGGAAGUAUUUAUGGGAAAUGUUUGUGCUGCAGGUGCUGGUCAAGCUCCAACACGUCAAGCUGCCCUUGGUGCAGGCUUACCGACGUCAACACCUUGCACAACGAUCAAUAAAGUUUGCGCUUCCGGCAUGAAGUCAAUCAUGUUUGCUGCCCAGUCAUUGGCUUGUGGUAGUCAGGAAAUCAUGGUUGCUGGUGGCAUGGAAAGUAUGUCCAAUGUACCAUUUUAUAUGAACAGAGAUGCACCUUCUUAUGGUGGACACACCUUACAGGAUGGUAUUGUAAAAGAUGGUCUAUGGGAUGUUUAUAACCAGAUCCAUAUGGGAAGCUGUACUGAGAAGACUGUUAAGGAUCACAAUCUCACACGAGAAGAUCAGGACGAGUUUGCAAUCACAUCUUACAAGAGAUCUGCAUCUGCGAAUGAGAAAGGUGUUUUCAAGAAAGAAAUAGUUCCUGUUGCUAUACCACAAAAAAGAGGAAAACCCGACAUUGUCAUUGACGAGGAUGAGGAAUUCAAGAAAGUUAAUUUUGAUAAAUUUACUCAACUUAAACCAGUGUUUAAGAAAGAAGGAGGUACUAUCACUGCUGCCAAUGCCAGCACACUAAAUGAUGGUGCAGCAGCACUUGUCUUAAUGACUGGUAAAGUCGCUGAGAAAAUGAACGUUAAACCUUUAGCAAGAAUUAUUGGUUUCUGUGAUGCAGCUGUUGCGCCAAUCGACUUUUCUGUUGCUCCUGCUUCAGCCAUGCCUAAGCUGUUGCAGUUGACUGGUCUAAAAAAGGAGGAUAUUACAAUGUGGGAGAUAAACGAAGCAUUCAGUGCUGUUGUCCUAGCCAAUAUGGCGAUCUUGGGUUUAGAUCCAGCUAAAGUUAAUAUAAAUGGCGGAGCUGUUUCACUUGGGCAUCCUAUAGGGAUGUCAGGUGCUCGCCUUGUCGGUCAUCUUGUUCAUAAUUUGAAUCCUGGUGAAAAAGGUUUAGCAAGCAUUUGUAAUGGAGGUGGAGGCGCCGCCGCUAUUGUCGUUGAAAAAUUUGAUGUGCAUGAAAUGGUAAGAUUGGCAUAAGAUCUAUGUUGAGUUAAUGAAGUGUGCUAUACUAUGGGGGCUGUUUUGUACUUUGACUUUAAACUCCGCUUGGAAAUCUAAAAUUGCGAAAUUUAUUUGCGUAAAAUAUACGAGGAAAUGUACCACGCGGUUCGAUAUUUAUCAUUUACAUAUUAUUCUGUGGAGUUGAACAUGAAUUUCACAUAUUUUAAUUAAUAUUUCCCAUUACUGACAAAGUACAUAUCAUUAUCCCGUAUGUUCCUGUUUGAUCCCACGUAAUUGUUACAUCAGUAAUGGACCCAUGUGAUCCCCUUAUUAUUAAAUAAAAACAAUGAAACGUG